GUCCUCGCACUCCUCACACCAGGGGCUCACCCACUGACCGACUGACUAUCUGAAAGGCUCUGGAUAUUUCUGUGAAGAUCCAACUCGGCUAUAAAGGCAGAGGCGGAUAGACUUUUGUCCCGAUCAUCUGGGAAGUUUGCGAGAAGAUUUAAGUCGGAAUCUGGAACCAAGCUCAAUAUUUGUUCAAACAAAUUCAAAAUCAAUUUUUUAUUUUAUUUCUUAUGCUUUGUUAUUAUAUUAUGCAUUGAGCUAACCUCUCAUUUUUGGACAGUUUAAAAACACUGGAAACAGUGCAACUCAAAGACACAUAGAAACUCUAAGAAUUCACUAUAGGAUCUAGGAAAACACAAUCUGCUUAUUGGAAUUUUCCAACAACAGAGAACAUUUCUGAAGCAUUAGGAAGGAUUUCUAGGAAACGUCCCUUCUAGUACCUGUCACCAUGAGUAGUGGUGGGACCACCACAGUUUCACCAGAGCCUCAGGCUUUCCAACGGGCAGUACGGAAGAUAAAAUGCGCUGCUAUGGUAGCCAGCUUGACCAAGAACUGGCAGGGCUGGGCUAAUGACCACACCAACAAGCAGGACGCCAUCCCAAGUGGCUGGAUGCCUUCAUCUAUUGAAGAAGAAGCCAAAAAAGAGCGAGACCAUGUGGUCAAACUCACCGUUACCCCACGCUUAAUUGCAGCUGAUGCUGCUAACAGUGGGAGUAAGAUCCGGACCUGUGUUGUGAACAAGACUGUCCAGCCGAAACGCAGUGAGUGCAGCAGCAGCGAUUUGGUCAACGCUAUCAGAGAGAAGAUGGAGUUGGGUCCCAAAGAGAGCAAGCCGUUCUUGGGCAACGAGUCCCCGACACGGAGGCGCCAGAUGAGGGCGCUACAGAACGCAGGAGGAGGGGUCAUUCAAGACAGGAAGCUGGUGCUCCAGGAGAAGAAGCUGGGGUCAAGGAGCAGCAGUGUUGACACAGAGGACAGUGGGCUGGGAGAGGAUGCUGGGCUCAGCGACAACGGUGAACCAAAAACUGAGCAGGGUGACAUCCAGCCCAAGAAACAGACAAACAGACCCAAGAUUAAGGUUGCCACUACAGGGGACAUCAAAAACCGCUGGCAGCAGUGGUCCAAGCAGCACAUUGAGGGCCAGAAGCUGAACCCCUUCAGCGAGGAGUUUGACCAUGAGUAUGCCAUGGCCCAGCGCCUCCGCAAGGGCGACUCCGGCUACGGUCGCCCCAAAGACGGAUCCAAGACGGCAGAGAGGGGGGACAGAGCCCAAAAACACAUCCACAGGGAGAUGGAAGAGAUGGUAUGGAUUAUCAGAGACAUGGGCUUUAAGGAUAAAGAGGGGAGGACUAUCAUUAGCUUCGGACGGCUCUUUGAUCGCUACGUGAAGAUCUCAGAUAAGGUGGUGGGCAUCCUGCUGCGCUGCCGCAAACACAAGAUGCUAGAUUUUGAAGGGGAAAUGCUGUGGAAAGGACAGGACGAUAAUGUCAUCAUUACACUUAGGGACUGACAGAAAUGUCUUACAAACAGUCACACACAUGCAAACACACCCACAAAUUUCACACAACAGCUUGUAGAGAAAUAAAGCAAUCCAUGCUAUCCACAAUGCUAUAUCAUGUACACAAGGAAAAUUAAGGAAUAUUUGGAUACAUUUAAUAUGAUUAUAAUGUUCAAAGAUAAUACACCCAUACACAAAGCUUUAGGGAUAUACACAUGGAAAGGAAAUUAUAGUUUUAUCAGUCAAAUAAUGGCAGAAAAUAAAAACUAGUCACAUUUAACUUUAAAUGUACAUAAAUUAUUCAAGGGCAUAUACGUAUAUGUGGAGGCUUCACACACACUCUCACACCAGACUCAUUAGUUCUUCUCAUAUACAUGACAGGUCAUUCAGUGACGGGAAACUAUCUUUAGCAUGCUAACCAUGCUCGCCUUGCUAACUAUGCUGCAUGCUGGAAGCCUUGAGAAUCCACCACAAUGCCAUUCAUGGUAGAAAUCUUUACUCAGAUUUCUGAAGGAUCAUCUAAUAACUUAUCUAAAGACUUGACAAUGUUAUUUUGUUCUUUGCUAAUUUUGUUGAAAACAAGUAAACAAGGGUAGCAUGAAGUUAAAAACGUUACAAAAUAAUUUAGACUUCUGGUUACACAGCAAUGUGACCAAAGUGUUUUAUUGUCCUCUUUUAACUGAAUUUAGUGUCUCUUGCUAACAGAGCUUUAAGUAAAUGACUAAAUAGCAGUUUGAGCUAAUGUAUACAUUUAGGCAGGAAAAAAGCUGAGUUACUAUUUGAUUUGUACAUUAUUGUUAAUUUAUUUUCAUUUUGUAUGGGAUUUAAAUGUAUGUUUACCAAAUUUUUAAAAUAUCAUCUUUUGCUCAAAUUAGUUUAGAGAGGGCAGGUGACCACACAAUUUCAAUUGAAAGCAGAUUGAGGAAGUUUAGGAAGCUCUGUUUGGGCUGAUACACAUGACUGCCUCCAGAACCAUUAACUUUUUGUAAACCACACUGACUACAUAUUUGUGAACUCUACAAUAGCAAAAGGAUGGUUGUCAUGCCUUUUACUCUUUAUUUUCAAAAUAGAAAUGCUUUUUAGUUGUGUGUUAAACACAGUAAUAUUUUUAAUAAAGGAACGCGGUAAUAACAAGAAACUUGAACUACGUAAUGGAAAUCUUGUCUAGACUCUAUGUCUAAUAUGUAGUCGUUUUGAAAAUGACUGUAUUGUGAAAUGUAUUUUACCUCAGUUUCACAUUAAGGACAUUUACUGUUGAACUGUGUUAAAGGUUCAGUGUGUACGUUUUAGUGCCAUCUAGUAGUGAGGGUUGCGAGUUGCAACCAACAGCUCACUCAUGACUCACAACUCUUCCCUUUGCAAGCGUGUAGUAGAAGCUACGGUGUGCUAAACCUGUGCUAAAUAAUAUAUGUGGUCCUCCAUUUGUCCUAAUUUCACUUCUCUUCUUUCUUCUAAUAAACCAGACGACUACUACUA